AUAACAUUAAAACAUUAUUUCUUGCAAUUAGUUGUAAACAAUUUGUUAUAGAGUUAUUUGCCUGCAAAUAUGCUUUAUUGCUACAUACCACAUUAGGCAAUAAUAUAACAUUGUUUUUUGUGUAAUUAAGGGACAGGAAGACUCAAUUUUGCCUUACAAGUGCCAAGAUUUGUUCAAGAUUACCCAAAACAAUAACAAAACCUUUUGGUGACUAAGAGGCGAAAGCUGAAGUCCAAGAGACAAUUGCAGGAAAGCAGGUAGAGAAUCAGCUCUCAACAAUGACCGAAACGGAUGCAGCUGUCAGCACAGCGGGGACAGGGGUGGUGCCAGCAGCUGGCGCCCGAUUUAUGCCGCCCGAGGAGCUAGCCAUGCAAUCGCUUACCAAACAGCUAUACAAAUCGCGACUUUUUCGAGGCAUUUACCUCGAGCGUUGCUUUGUCGAGCAGCUUGGUGGGUAUCGCGAUGUUAUAGCCCUGCAGCGCAGUGAACGUGAUCUGGAGAAGCAGUUGCUAAGCAGCGCAGCGAAACUACAACUGUUUUAUCAACGCUUCGUGCCUAACAUGUGGGUGGGCAUUACCAAAGGCAGCGUGGGCAGCUAUAAGCAUACACCACAUCCUGCACAGCUGGACACCUGCGUUUGGACGGAGCUCAGUGAUUUGGCAUUUGGGGAAUACUGGUUCAGCAUUAGAACACUACGGUUUAGAGGUCAGGAGGUGCAGCUUAAACUGAAAAUGAUCCGCGCAGUUGAGGCAGACUCAACACCGACACUACGACACUCUCAAUCGAUGAAAAAAGGCAGCCCCAGCAGAGCGCUUACCUCUGGUGUUAGUGCUGAGGCAGGAGGAGCUGAUGAUGUCGUCAGCGAGGAAAAGCGAGCGCAAAUCGGUCUGGAUGAUUUUCUGGCUGUUCUACAGCAAUGGCGUCAGUCAGUUGUAACGACUGUGUACGAAUUUAUGGCCAACGAUGUGAACAAGCGCAAUAUAAUGGGCACCAUACGCUUCUUGGGUCUGCUUAUCUUUUCCAUAUUGAGCGGCGCAGUUGUUGCGCUCCGAUUCAUGGGCAUCUUUGCGGUGCGUUUUCUUUUUGAGCUUAGCCGAUUUACACAUACCGCCACACCAAUCGUCUUUAAGCUGAUCGAGUUUUUCAACAAGAUUGUCGGCGCUUUCUUUAUAUUGAUAGCGAUGAUAUGGAAGGAUUUGGUUGUAAAUCGUGGUGGAUCUGCGCCCAGGCAGCCACUUGAAUCAAGCAAUCAUUUCAAGAGCAUUACGUAUGAAAAAUCCGAGUCGCAUCGUCGCAGUCCACGCUAUGGAUCGUCACAUUAUCGGUAAUCUUAAUUGAAUUGAGUAGCUAUAUCUAUGUUGUCAAAAUUGUCUAGUGGAGCUGCACCUGCAUUUAGUCACUGGGGGUAGGGGUUCAGGGCAUUUCCCUUUAAAAAUUGUGUUAUUAGCAUUAAAAUAUAUAUGGCACUCA